AUGGGCAGUUCCCUCAUCGAAAAGAACGAAACGAAGAAGCAACCACAAAGCGGUGAAAAGGUCAAAGAUCAUCAGGAGCUGAAAGAUGGUCAUCAUGAUCAUCAUCUGGAGAAAAAGAGAGCUGGAGAUGGUCAAUCAGCAGCAAAGGUUACUUGGAAAGUACCUCACCCGAAAUCGGGGGAACGACAACCAGGGUUUAAUCUAGAUUAUGAUCCUCCUCAAACUCACCCUCCAGUUCACAACUGA